AUGACUCACAGGUAUUCCUAUGGUUAUAAGAAAUCUUACAUUGAAACACCGAAACGCUAUUAAUAUCAAUCAUUCGAUAGGCUACCAAAAUUACCAUCAAUCACAUCAGAUGCUAAACAGUCUUGGAAAAUUGGUCGCAAAGAAUUAUUAACAAAUUUAGGAGUAAUGAGUUUGCCUGGAUAAUUGAUGAGCGGAAAGCAGAAGACUAAUUAAGAUGCAUUUAUAAUAGAAAAGAGGCUGAAUUUCUAUGGUGUGGCUGAUGGACAUGGGGUGAAUGGUGAGCGUGUUUCUGGAUUUAUUCGAAUCACUCUACCCAAAUAUAUUGAACAAAGUCUUUUAGAUCCAAGAGAAACAUUGAUAAAAGGUGUUUUAUAAACAAAUAAUGAAUUGGUCAAUAAUUCAAAAAUUGAAACUGUUAUUGCAGGUUCAACCUUGUGUUGUGGUUUGAUAAAAUUAAAUAAGUUAUACAUAGCCAAUGUAGGUGAUAGUAGAUGUGUAAUAGCAAAGUAAACUGGGAAUUCUUGGUAGACUAUUGAAUUAACAAAGGACUAAAAGCCUUCUAGAGAAGAUGAGGCUAUAAGAAUAUUAAAAGCUGGUGGGCGUAUAGCUGCUUAAUAAGAUAUUUAUGGUAAUUAAGUGGGUCCACUUCGAGUCUGGUUGAAAACAUUGAAUGCACCAGGAUUAGCUAUGACAAGAGCAAUGGGAGAUAGACUAGGUGCUUAAGCUGGAGUUAUAGCAACUCCUGAAAUUACAGAGUACGAAUUAACAAACGAAGACAAAAUCUUAGUGUUUGCUUCAGAUGGGAUUUGGGAGUACCUGUCAUCCCAAGAUGUAGUUUCAAUUUUGAGUCAAUGUUAUGAUAAAAAUAUAAAUGCUGAAUUGGCAGCAUAAAAAUUACUAAAUUUUGCAGUGGAUGCAUGGAAAAGAAAUAGUUUAGCUAGGGAUGAUAUUACUUGUGUGGUCUUAUAUUUGUGA